AUGUCAUCUCAGAGUAAGAAAGUCACUUACAAGAAUCCAACUGAUGAAAAUACUGAUUAUCUUGUUCCGUUACAAUAUGAAUACAAAAGUUCACUACCGAUUCAAUCAAGAUAUUCAGAGAAUGUUACAUCAACUCCUUCGCCACCACCUAGUAGUCUUUUCGGUUCAAUUUAUUUUCCUGUAUCUUUACUUCUCUACGUUGGAAUACCCAUAUCACAAAUGGUCAUUGGUUUUGUUUAUAUUGGUCAAUGUCCUGUUCAGGAAUUAAUUGUUGCUUGGAUGAUUGUCAGUGGAAUAUUUGGCAUUCUACUUGUCGUCGUGGGUUUGAUAAUUCAUACACAAAUUCGUAAACAAUCAUUGUCACAUUCGAAUUUGCUACUUCUUCAACUUCUUAUUACAUUCUUUUUUCUAAUCCUUCUAUUCAUCAUUGCUUGGUUUUUCGCUGGUCAAGUUUUUGUAUUUCGGGUGAAAUUACGUGUAGAAUUGUUCGAUGCAACUUUACCCGACUAUUGUCAUGGAAAUCUAUAUAAAUCUGCUUAUAUUCUUAUUUUCAUCGACUAUCUCAUUUUCCUUCUUGCUAUUAUACUCAAUGUGCUCAGUUUCGUUGCACCACCGGAUGAUACCGUUAAGAAACGUCCUCUCAAUUCCAUUGCUACAUAA